UAGCAGGUGGAUUCUUAACCACUGCGCCACCAGGGAGGUCCCACAGAUUCUCAUUUUCACAGAUGAGUAACAGAGAAGCUAUGUAACUUGCCUAAGGUUACAAGUGAUGGAGCCAGGAUCUGAACCCAGGCCACAGGGCUGCAGCAUCCAUGCUCUUAACCCCUCCACCCCAAGCUGGACCUUCCAGCUUUGUGACUGGAAUCCCUUCAGAGAGGAUUUCCUGAGAGUCCCCAUGGCUCAGAUUAGAAGGCUGGGCUGCCUAGAGAUGGGGGCAUGGAGCCCUUGCUCUGCAGCCUCUGAAGCUUUGGGGGCCAAGUUGGAGCCCCUUAAAGGAGAGAGGGGUAUUCUGCUCUGUCCUCACAAUAGCUCCCUUUUCUCUGCCUACAACAGGCCCUUUUGUGCACAUCAGGGAGCUGAAAGCUGGAUUGAGGUACCCCCCUCCCCCCAGGAGUGGGGUGUGAGGCUGAGGAGCUGUGUCUCCAGGGCCCUGAGGUGCCCCAGACACUGUCGGCAGCUCCUGGCCACACCCCACGUUCCCAAGUGCUGUUUGCUUGCGGUGUGGGCCCCCAGCCUCUGACGCCCAGCUCACGGAGGUCCUUGGGCUGCCUUGUCCCCCCUCAUGGCCCGGGUCCUGCUUCUGUUCCCACCCCUGUGUUUUCUGGCUGUGCUGUCUCCAGGGAAUGGUCCCGCUAGCUGGUUUCUCCUCUCUCGCGUGGACUCUCCCUCUGCAGGCCUUCACUGUGGACAGAGGCCAGCCCCAGCCCCUCCCUGGUGUCGGCGCCUUCUGCCAGGCCCCGAAGGCCCGAGGGAUGGUCGAGUGUUGUUCGAGGACUGUUGGUCCAUCCAGAGGGAGAUGCCCUGUAUCCAAGCCCAGUAUGGGACACCAGCAUCGAGCCCAGGACCCCGUGACCCCCUGACCCCCGAGCUCAGCAAGCCCACCAUGGACCUGGCCAGCCCUGAGGUGGCCCCCGCUGUCCCCACGGCCUUGCCCAGCUUCAGCACCUUCAUGGACGGCUACACGGGGGAGUUUGACACCUUCCUGUACCAGCUGCCGGGAACAGCCCAGCCGUGCUCCUCGGCCUCCUCCUCGGCCUCCUCCACGUCUUCAUCGUCAGCCACCUCCCCUGCCUCCGCUUCAUUCAAGUUCGAGGACUUCCAGGUGUUCGGCUGCUACCCCGGCACCCUGAGCGGCCCUCUUGACGAGACCCUGUCCUCCAGCGGCUCCGACUACUAUGGCAGCCCCUGCUCAGCCCCGUCACCGUCCACGCCCAGCUUCCAGCCGCCACAGCUCUCUCCCUGGGACGGCUCCUUCGGCCCCUUCUCGCCCAGCCAGACUUACGAAGGCAUGCGGGCAUGGACAGAGCAGCUGCCCAAGGCUUCUGGGCACCCCCAGCCGCUGACCUUCUUUUCCUUCAGCCCUCCCCCCGGCCCCAGUCCCAGCCUGGCCCAGAGCCCCCUGAGGCUGUUCCCCUCGCAGGCUGCCCACCAGCUGGGGGAGGGAGAGAGCUAUUCCAUGCCGACAGCGUUCCCAGGCCUGGUGCCCGCGUCUUCACACCUCGACGGCUUGGGGAUGGUGGAUGCGCCCGUGACCCCAGCCAAGGCCCGGAGUGGGGCUCCGGGUGCGAGCGAGGGCCGCUGUGCUGUGUGUGGGGACAACGCCUCUUGCCAGCAUUACGGUGUCCGCACCUGCGAGGGCUGCAAGGGCUUCUUCAAGCGCACAGUGCAGAAAAAUGCCAAGUACAUCUGCCUGGCUAACAAGGACUGCCCUGUGGACAAGAGACGGCGAAACCGCUGCCAGUUCUGUCGCUUCCAGAAGUGCCUGGCUGUGGGCAUGGUGAAGGAAGUUGUCCGGACAGACAGCCUGAAGGGUCGGCGGGGGCGGCUCCCUUCCAAGCCCAAGCAACCCCCGGAUGCCUCCCCUGCGAAUCUCCUCACUUCCCUGGUCCGGGCACACCUGGACUCAGGGCCCAGCACUUCCAAACUGGACUACUCCAAGUUCCAGGAGCUGGUGCUGCCCCACUUCGGGAAGGAGGAUGCCGGGGACGUGCAGCAGUUCUACGACCUGCUUUCGGGUUCCCUGGAGGUUAUCCGCAAGUGGGCUGAGAAGAUCCCCGGCUUUGCCGAGCUGUCCCCCGGGGACCAGGACCUGCUGCUGGAGUCGGCCUUCCUGGAGCUCUUCAUCCUCCGCCUGGCCUACCGGUCUAAGCCGGCUGAGGGGAAGCUCAUCUUCUGCUCGGGCCUGGUGCUGCACCGGCUGCAGUGUGCCCGCGGCUUCGGGGACUGGAUCGACAGCAUCCUGGCCUUCUCUCGCUCCCUGCACAGCUUGGUCGUCGACGUCCCUGCUUUUGCCUGCCUCUCUGCGCUCGUCCUUAUCACAGACCGGCACGGGCUGCAGGAGCCUUGCAGGGUAGAGGAGCUGCAGAACCGCAUCGCCAGCUGCCUGAAGGAGCACGUCUCGGCCGAGGCAGGCGAGCCUCAGCCCGCCAGCUGCCUGUCCCGCCUGCUGGGCAAGCUGCCCGAGCUGCGGACCCUGUGCACCCAGGGCCUGCAGCGCAUCUUCUACCUCAAGCUGGAGGACUUGGUGCCCCCUCCGCCCAUCGUCGAGAAGAUCUUUAUGGACACGCUGCCCUUCUGACCCCAGCCCGGGAACACACGUGCACUCCGUGUGCACGCUCACACGCCACCCCACGUGCCUUUAGCCCACGGCCCACGGACCCCUGGAGCACCACCCCUCAGCCUGGGCCUGAGCUGCAGACUGGCCGCCCCUCCCCACCACCUGCUCUGGGAGGUGGGCAGGGAGUUCAUGCCCUGGGGGAGGGGGAUGCGUUCACAGGGGUGACCCUUACUAUUUGUCUUACCCCCCAGCCCAGCCCUGGUCUUUAUGUUUUUGUAAGAUAAAACCGUUUUUAACACACAUACCGCCAUGCUGUAAAUAAGCCAAAUGCUGCUGUAAAUACAGGAAGGAAGAGGUUGAGGUGGGAGUGGGGUUUGGGAGGGAGGGACGGGCCCCCGCCAGCCUCCUCCUACUUGCUCUCUCUUCCCGCCCUCCUUCCAUGUGUACAUAGACUCACUCUAGGAGGCAGACAAGUGACAGAUUCUGACAUUUAUAUUUGUGUAUUUUCCUGGAUUUAUAGUACGUGUCUUUUCUGAUUAAUAUAUUUAAUAUAUUGAAUAAAAAAUAGACGUGUAGCUGAA